UGCUUAUACUAUUUCCGGAAUGUUUCACAUUUCGGUUAGUGGCCAUUUAACGGAACGGGAGGCUACCGAAACUUGAAGUGCGGUAUUAUUGCUGUAAACCUCCUGUCAAACUCUGAACUCAGUUAACAUUAAGCUGUGAAAUAACCGGUCUUUUACUUAAGCUCAGUAUAACAUUUAGAGGUAAAUCACUUGAAUUAUGUGGUUAAUUAAGUGGUUUCUGGAAGCUAACUUGGUAGCUCUUAGCUGUCCAGCAAACCAACGGUAACGAUAACCAGCCAACCAUAUGUCAAGGUGACGUGCGUAUAUUACGUAAGGACCUACGUCAUGUUGAGCUAUGAAAAUGUGAAAAGUCAAUAAAAGAUAACGAAUGGUGGUUUCAAAAAUGUUUUAUUGGUGCUGUAAUUGGGGGGGGGGAAUGGAUAUUUGGGGGACCCAUUGAAGUCUAUACAACAAAAUCGAAAAACAUAAAGUCACCGGCCACUUUAUUAGAUACACCUGUUCACAUUGUUUUAGCUAAUCGACUAAUCACAUCGCAGCAGCUCGGUGCAUUUAGGCCGGCAGGUAUGCUCCAGAUGACCUGCUGGAGUUUAAGGAUCACCACAGACUGUGGAUGGAGUCAGCACCAAACUUUUCACUGAUUUGUAUAAUCACAGCGAGGGACCUCAGGGUUUGGGAUUCACACCGUCCUGCACACCAUCAAAAAAAAAAUGGUCAAGUAUUUCUGUAGCAGCACUGACAUCAGGAGUACAUGGGACCAUGUUGUCUCUGCUUUCUGGCAGAGGUACCCAAACCCAUUCAGCACCCAUGUUCUCACGGAGGACGUCGUGUACCGGGAGGUAACAGCAGACCACCGGCUCCUCUCCAGACGGCUUCUAAUGAAGACCAAUCGAUUGCCUCGCUGGGCGGAGCGGCUCUUCCCCGCCGGCAUGUCUCGCUCUGUGUACAUCAUCGAGGACUCCAUCGUGGACCCAGUGAACAAGAGCCUGACCACCUACACCUGGAACCUCAACCACACAACUCUCAUGUCUGUUGAGGAGCGUUGUGUUUUCCAAGGCUCAGUGGAGCAUCCAGCGACCACACAGCUGAAACGUGAGGCGUGGAUAUCCUCGAGCAUUUAUGGCUUCUCCAAACCCAUUCAGGAGUUUGGUUUGGCUCGCUUCAAGAGCAACCAGGUGAAGGCCAUGAAGGGGCUGGAAUACGCACUGUCCAACCUGCAGGGUAUGUACACUUCAUGUGUGUUCCAGCUGAAACAGGGCAGAGAGCAGGAGGAAAAGCAGAGGAAAACAAAACAGCUUAUUUUUAACUGUUGCCAUUUCUGGAAGGGGGGAAAACUUAAACAGGAAAUGGAGCUUUCUUUUCGCCCCAGAAACACAGGACUGCUGUCAUAACAACCUGAAGGGGCUCACCCCUGCCACUCUGGACUCAACACUAAACUUCCCAGCAUCCUGAAAAUACAUAAUUGACAAAUAGCCUGAAGAAAUCUUACUCCUCCACGUGCCAUGUAAUAAAAGGCGGGGGGAUGUGAGACCAUGACAGCUACAGUCACAAAUGGCUACAAUUUCCUAAUUUAGGUUUGGACAGAAAUAAUUUAGGUAGUCAGUGUUGCAUAAAGAGAGUUUAACAGAGUAAAUCAUAAUGAGGGAUGUAUGAAGAGAUGUAUUAAAGAAACAACAACACUUAGAGAUGAACCAUCUGCAGAUGAGUCACUUUUUCUAGUGUUGAUUUAUCAGUUUCUCAUAUUGGGUAGGGUUUAGUUUAAAAUGAUAGGACACCAGCUAAACCUGAAAAUGUUCACAUUUGAGGGAUUUUUAAAAAAAAGUACUGUAAGUCUGCGCACUACGAAUAACCUCAAAUAAUUUGUACAUUAAGUGUGGAAAGUCAAAUUUAACCCCAAAGAAUAAGAUAAUAUUUACAUUGUUCCAAACUGUGUGUUGUGCUGAUGCAGCGUACGUGUGUCUGAUUGUUGUGAUUCCGUCCUGUUGCCACUUUUGUUGAUGCCACUACAGGAAUCGGCAUCAGGCUGAGCGUCAUGGUAAGUGUGCUAGGACUGAGGCAUCCAUCUGCCAUCCCAGGCGUUGCCCGGGGGUUGUCACAUGUUGCUGCACAGAGUAGACAGCGUAGCUGAGGCAGUAACUUUCUACCUGUCUGAGCAACAGUGAUCUAAAUAGUAGUUUAGAGUAUAGAAGUAGAUGUGUUGUUUAGUUGAUUCUGAUGUGAUUCUUAUUUUAAAACGAAUUAAAUACGGUUGUGAUGUUUUGAGUCAUCAUCAACCACUGAAAGAAUUUCAUCAAAUUUGGCACAAAUCUUCAUGUAGAGAAGAUCACACUCACUGGACUCUUUGUUAGGCAGGCCUGUUCAGAUGCUUGUUAAAGCAAAUAUCUAAUCAGCCAAUCACGUGGAAGCAGCUGGGUGCCAUUUAGGUAUUUAGACCCAGUCAAGAUAACCUGCUUAAAUUCAAGCUGUGCAUCAUUAGGAGGAGGAAUUUAAGUGACUUUACAUGUGCCGUGGUUGAGGGUGCCAGAUGGGCCGGUCUGGGUAUUUCAGUAACUGCUGAUCUGCUGAGAUUUUCGCAACCAUUUCUACGUUUACAGAGAAUGAAAAGGAGAAAAUGUCCAGUGAGCUGCAGUUUUGCCUUGUUGGAGCCAUAGGAUCUGAUAGGAAGGCGACAGUAACUCAAAUUGUCACUCAUUACAACCAGAGAAGGCACAAGACCAUCUUUGAAUGUACGACCUUGAAGCAGAUAGGUUACAGCAGCAGAAGACCACAGCAGGUGCAAUCUGUCAGCUAAGAACAGGAAACUCAGGCUACAAUUUACACAAGCUCACCAAAAUUGGACAAUAGAAUUUGAUGUAAACAACACAAUGUAUCCUUUGGGUCACUUCAUACCAACUGUAUAAGCUUACACUUCUUCUACAUGUUUGGAAGAGAAGUGUAAGCUUGGGGCAGAGGGAAGGUUUUUCAGCCUUAUCUUCCCAUAUGGAAAAGAAAUAGUAAAAACUUAUAUGAUUUGCUCAUGAAAGUGGCCACUUUCUUAUUACUUUCAUAUAUUUUUUUUAGUAAGUAUCCAAACCAUACAAGACAGAUACAAACUUUAUAAGAUUUAUAUAUAUCUUUUCCAUAUGGGUUAAGCAAGAAUCAAUGUGAGCAGAGCGUUUAUGAGAGCAUUUUUAAGCACUGUUGCUCAGUCUUUGUUUGUACACGCACACCUUCAAAAUAACGGCCCAGAGGCAUUACCGAAAUGGCUACAGAGUGGCAAAACUCACUUUUAGAAGGAUUUCAGCAUAUGUUGUAUUCUGGUGGUAAACACAAUGAUGAAUUCGAUUUUCUUAGUCAAAAAAGGUUUGUCCUUACCUCGUUCAUUUGUUAGGGAAAUUGUCAGUGUAAAGGAGAAAUCUAUGGUUAUGUGUUAGUUUGCUAUUUAAGAGCGCAUACAGAGAGAUGGACUGAUGAGGGUGUGUUCAGAGGUCGUCAGGUCCUGAGAUGUCUAAAUGUAAACAGCCGUAUUUAUUUCAUAACAUAAUGAAUGAAAAUCACCUGAAAUGCCACAGCACAGAAACAGACCGGAAGGUUAUUUCCCACCCGUGUUUGUAGUCUGCAAGAACUCUUUAACGUUCAGGCAGUGUGGGUAAACCCAGACGAUGGGAAUGCUGAAAUAUUUCUGACAUUUUGAUCGCACACAGGGGUGGAUUUUUAUUUUUUUUUUUAUUAACAUGGUUUCAGCAAUGCUGGCAGCUAGAUAAAUAAGUUAAAAAUUUAUUAAUUAAUUUUAAAAAAUGAACUAAUGAAAUGAAAAUAAAUAACUUAAAAAA